AUGACACAAAAUGUACUUAUUGAUGAACAUCAAUCAUCUCGUCAAUUAUCUCGCCAUGUUAGUGAUGAUGUGUCAAAAACCAUGGCACAUCAUGUACCUAUUUCAUCGCGUAGUGUCAAUAAAUAUAAUCCAUCAUUAUCAGAAUCUACUUUGGAGCCUAUUUCACGAAUUGACUUUCUCGAAAGAAACCUUCGUUAUAUUCAAGAGCAACAAGGCAUAGUACUUGUUGAUUUACAUGAUGAAAUCACUCGACUUCAACAAGAAAACAGAGAUCUACAUUAUCAAUUAAUCAAAACUAAUUCAUUGCCUUCACGUGAUCAAAAACUUAGAAAUUCGGGUCAAAUAUCUUCUUCUGCUAACAAUCAAAUUUUUCUUAAACAACGCAUCGAUAGACUUGAAAAACAAUUGUUGGAAAGUGAACAAAACAAUAAAUAUUUAAUAUAUACAAUCGAUGAAUUAAGUAAACAAUCAUCAUCCAAAUCUGAAGAAUCAGACAUACACAUCAUAAAUAAAGAUGACACUCAAAUAACAGUACAAAUGACGACAAAUGAAUAUCAAAAUCCGUCUAACAUGUCAUAUGAAAAAGAACAACAAUUUAUGCAUGAAAUAUCCAAGUUACGAUCUGUCUUAGUGGAAAUUCUCAAUACUGAACAAUUAAAUGUAUCUUCGAAAACUCUCAUUCGUGAGUGUUUAACAUCAACAAAUAUCAGUGAAAAUAGAAUGAGCAAAGCCACAACAACACCAGUCGAUAUGUUAUUUUAUAAUGAAAAUCAACAACGAGAAUCUACUACUUCACCGUCAGGAGCUGCAAAAAAUUUAUUAAUUCGACCUGAGUUACCUGUUCGACGUUUGAACCUUUCACCACCACGCAUUGCCGCACAGAGGCCACUUGGUUCUCAUCGUGCAAAUGAACAACGAAUAAGUUUACCACCGAUUAUGUCACGAAAUAAUACAACUUUGUUCUCAGAUGCUAAUGAUGGAAAUUGCUUAUGGUAUAAUCCAACGAAUUUAAAAACUGAUUCUCAACAACAACAUUCAAUAAAAAUUGGAGAAACGCCCAUAGCUCGUCGAGAACGAGCUACACAUGAAUUACAAAAAAAUAGAUUAAUGAAAAAUCUUUAUCAAUAA